UCUUUAACCACUGGUUCCUUGAUUACCUGGCUCCAGGCCAAAGAAGGCAUAUCAUAAAGAUGGUAAAACUCCACUUCACUAUGCUGGUAAAUCUGGUAAAGCUGAAAUGAUUGAGUUUUGGAUCAUAAAAGAAGAUUAUGAUGUGAAUGUUUUUGAUAAGAGAAACAGAACUCCAUUGUUUAAUGCUGUUAAGAGUGGUAGUAUUGCAGCUGUCAUUAUUCUAUUAACUUAUGGAGCUAAAACUGAUGUUGUGGAUGAAGAUGGUGUAACUCUACUGCAUUGUGCUGGUAAAUCUGGUAAAGUUGAAAUGCUUGAAUUUUGGAUUUCCAGUGGAGAUUAUGAUGUGAAUGUUCAAGAUAAAUGGAAAAGAACUCCAUUGUUUAAUGCUGUUAAAAGUGGUAGUAUUGAAGCUCUUCUUAUUCUAUUAAUCAAUGAAGCUGGAACUGAUGUUGUGGAUAAAGAUGGUAAAACUCUAUUACAUUGUGCUAGUGAAUCUGGUAAAGUUGAAAUGCUUGAGUUUUGGAUUUCGAGUGGAGAUUAUGAUGUUAAUGUUAAAGACAAAAAGAAUAGAACUCCGUUGUUUAAUGCUGUUAAAAGUGGUAGUAUUGAAGCUGUUGAUAUUUUAUUAACUAAUGGAGCUAGAGCUGAUGUUGUGGAUGAAGAUGGUAAAACUCUACUGCAUUGUGCUGGUGAAUCUGGUAAAGUUGAAAUGUUUGAGUAUUGGAUUGAGAGAGGCGAUUAUGAUGUUAAUGUUAAAGAUAAAAGAAAGAGAACUCCAUUGUUUGAUGCUAUUAAGAGUGGUAGUAUUGAAGCUGUUGAUAUUCUAUUAACUAAUGGAGCUAGAACUGAUGUCGAAGAUACACAUAAGGAUCAUGUGUUUCUUAGCUCCUGUUCACAAAUCAAUGAAGGUACUCCAUUACACUGUGCUAGUGAAACUGGUAACAAUAAAAUUAUCGAAUUAUUAAUAACUAAAGGAAAGGCUGAUGUGAAUGCUGUGGAUAAGAACAACAAAACUCCAUUGUUUAAUGCUGUUAAGAGUGGCAGUAUUAAAACUGUUGAUAUUUUAUUAACUAAUGGAGCUAGAACUGAUGUUGUGGAUGAAGAUGGUGGAACUCUACUACAUUGUGCUGGUGAAUCUGGUAAAGUUGAAAUGCUCGAGUUUUUGAUUAAGAGAGGAGAUUAUGAUGUGAAUGUUUUAGAUGAAGAUAACAGAACUCCACUGUUUAAUGCUGUUAAGAGUGGUAGUGUUCAAGCUGUUGAUAAGCUAUUAAAUAGGGGAGCUAGAACUGAUGUUGUGGAUACAAAGAAUGGCAGCACUCCAUUGCACAUUGCUGCUGAUAAUGCUAAAAUUAUUGAAUUAUUAAUAACUAAAGGAAAUGCUGAUGUGAAUGCUGUGGAUGAGGAUGACAAAACUCCAUUGUUUCAUGCUGUUCAGAGUGAUAGUAUUGAAGCUGUUGAUAUUCUAAUAACUAAUGGAGCUAGAACUGAUAUUGUAGAUGAAAAUGGUGAAACUCUACUGCAUUGUGCUAGUGAAUCUAGUAAAGUUGAAAUGCUUGAGUUUUGGAUUAAGAGAGAAGAUUUUGAUGUGAAUGUUAAAGAUAAAAAAAAUAGAACUCCAUUGUUUAAUGCUGUUGAGAAUGAUAUGAUUAGUAUUGAAGCUGUUGAUAUUCUGUUAACUAAUGGAGCUAGAGCUGAUGUUGUAGAUAAAGAUGGUGAAACUCUACUACAUUGUGCUAGUGAAUCUGGUAAAGUUGAAAUGCUUGAGUUUUGGAUUAAGAGAGGAGAUUAUGAUGUGAAUGUUAAAAAUAAAAAGAAGAGAACUCCAUUGUUUCAUGCCAUUGAUAGUGGUAGUAUUGAAGCUGUUGAUAUUCUGUUAACUAAUGGAGCUAAAACUGAUGUUGUGGAUAAAAAUGGUGAAACACUACUUCACUGUGCUGGUCAAUCUAGAAAUGUUGAAAUGCUUAAAUUUUGGAUUAGUAAACAAAAUGAAACUUCAUUACUCAAUGCUGUUGACAGUGGUAAUGGUGAAGCUGUUGAUGAUCAUUCAUUACGUCCUGCAUCUGCAAGGAAUCACUUACCCCAGAUGGAUAAUUUAGAAACUUUAUUUAUGAAUUUUGAAGGAAAUCUCACUAGAGAGCAAGUUACCAUAGUUUAUGAAUCUUCUGGGUUAAGUUUUGUUGAUUCAAUGGUGUGUUUAUCGGAGGGUCCAACAUUGGAAUCAAUUUUAUCAAUGUUAAAUCAGAAGAUGAUUUCUGCAGAAAUGGUCCGUGUUACAAUACGCUCAGAUCACAUAUGGCAUGAUAUUUUAGGCCUGUAUAAGUCUGGUAAUCUUGAUUUUGGAAAGCAACUAUGCAUUGAGUUAAAUGAUGCACCUGCCAUUGAUGCAGGAGGUGUACGCCGUCAAAUAUAUACAACAGUAUAUAAUGAAUUCCAGUGUAAUAAACAUGUAAUGUUAUUCACUGGACCUUCACACAGUCUUAGCCCUGCUUGUACUCCAGAAGCAAGGUCAAGUGGAUUAUUCAAGAUCUUAG